UAACAUAUGAUAGCUCUUUAUUUUAUGCAGCAUGGCAACAGUUUCAAUGGGAAUUGUAUCACCAACUCAGACUCAGCUACUGCACUUGCUACCACACUGUCCUCCAUCAAUAUCCUUAUAUGUCUAUACUUCUUCUCUUACACUCUCAUCCAAGCCUAAGACCAUUCAUCAAUCCACAAAAACUUGUGUUCACUCCAAAUUACUAGAGGAAGCCAUGGGGAGUACGUCGCAGUUGGUGCCAUUGCCGUUGUUGGUGAAUGAGAAAUACACAGCAAGCACCAUUCCUUGGAGGGUCCCUUCCGACGAUCCACACAUUCCCACUCCCACCGAGCUAUCUUGGAUUAAUCUCCUCCACAAUACUAUCCCCACCUUCAAGAAGCAUGCUGAGAGUGAUGCCUCUGUUCCUGAUGCUGCAGAUAAAGCUGAAACUUUUGCUCAAAGGUAUGCUAGAAUACUUGAAGAUUUCAAGAAAGAUCCUGCGGGUCAAGGCGAGCCUCUUGAUAUCUUUGUUCUAUGCAGAAUUCGUGAGCAAGUCCUCAGGGAACUCGGAUUCACAGAUAUCUUCAAGAAAAUAAAGGAUGUAGAGAAUGCAAAUGCCAUGUCCCUAUUUGAGAAUGUUGUUCGUCUUAAUGAUGCCAUUGAAGAUGAAGAGAAACGCCUGGAGAAUUUAGUUAGAGGAAUUUUUGCAGGGAAUAUAUUUGAUCUUGGUGCAACACAGCUUGCGGAGGCUUUCGCCAAGGAUGGAGUGUCUUUUUUAUCUACAUGUCAAAAUCUUGUCCCUCGACCUUGGAUUUUUGAUGACCUUGAGACUUUCAAAGUGAAAUGGAGCAAGAAGCCCUGGAAGAAGGUGAUCAUAUUUGUUGAUAACUCAGGUGCUGAUAUCAUUUUGGGUAUUCUGCCAUUUGCCAGGGAGCUCCUUAGGCGUGGGAGUCAGGUUAUAUUAGCUGCUAAUGAGUUACCUUCCCUCAAUGAUGUGACUUACUCUGAGCUAACUGAAAUCAUAUCAAGGUUAAAGGAUGAAGAAGGAUAUCUCAUGGGUGUCUCUACUUCAAAUCUUUUAGUUGCCAACUCUGGAAAUGAUUUGCCUAUUAUUGACCUUACAAGGGUGUCACAGGAACUAGCAUACCUCACCAACGAUGUAGAUCUUGUCAUCUUAGAAGGGAUGGGUCGUGGAAUAGAAACAAAUCUCUAUGCUCAGUUUAAAUGUGAUUCCCUCAAGAUUGCUAUGGUCAAACAUCCUGAAGUUGCAGAAUUUCUUGGGUCUCGUUUAUAUGAUUGCGUGAUCAAAUACGAUGCAGUUUAGACUUUAAAUGAAGAGUGAUUAUUUAUUCGAUUAAAUUGAUAAUUAAUGCUACAUUUGCAUUUAGUCAGUGCUUAUUGAUGUCAGGCAUUGAGGUUAGGGAAGAUCUUUACCAACAUGAGCCAACAACACAAGGAAAUUUAAUAUUGUUUUCAACCUAAAAUUUUAAGGUUGGUAAGUCUUUAUCAUUUAUAUAUUUUAUUUAACUUUCAUUUUGA